AUUGAAGACUUUGUCCAUUUUGAGAAAAAGUAUUCUAAAUCAUACAAAGUGUGUAACAGAAAAGAUUGGAACUUUUUAUACACUGUAUUAGGUAUAAAAUUAAAUUGAAGAUAAUUUCAAUCAUUUCAUGUAAUUUUCAAUUUUNUCAUGGACUUACCCACAAUUUUUUUAUGGAAAAAAAAAAUAAAAAAAUGCGUAUCUCCAUAAUUCAUUCAAGAGGGAAAGGUGUUGAUCUUGGGCACUACACAUUCGUUUGUGUUCUUGCUUUCCCAACAAGUGGUAUCAGAGCGCUGGAGUAAUCUGUUAUUUGUCUUGAUUGAAUGAUGGAGCCAAAUUACAGCAGGAUGAUCAGUUUGAAUGGCACAAAUUAUCACAAGUGGAAGGGUAAAAUGAAGGAUUUACUCUUUGUGAAAAAGCUGCAUCUACUAGUGUUUGCUACUCAGAAGCCAGAGUCAAAAAGUGAUGAGGAGUGGGCUUUUGAACAUGAAAUGGUUUGUGGUUUCAUUCGUCAGUGGGUAGAUGAUAAUGUUCUGAAUCACAUCUACAAUGAAUCUCAUGCUAGAUCUUUGUGGGACAAGCUUGAAUCCUUGUAUGCAUCAAAAACAGGGAAUAACAAGCUAUACUUGCUUAGGCAAGCUAUGAAUCUGAGAUUCAAGGAAGGUUCUUCUAUUUCUGACCACUUGAAUGAAUUUCAAGGGUGUUUUGAUCAGUUGUCAGACAUGGGCGUAAAGUUUGAGGAUGAGAUUUUGGGACUUUGGUUGCUGAAUACUUUGCCUGAUUCUUGGGAAAAUCUUCGUGUGUCUUUGAUUAGUUCUGCUCCCGGUGGUACAGUAACUAUGGAGUAUGUCAAAGCUGCCGUUCUGAAUGAAGAAGUGAGACGUAGAACUCAUGAGACAUCUACUUCAAAAUCAGAUGUCUUGGUUACUAAAAAUAAGGGGAGAAGUAAAAACAGAGAUCAUGGAGAAUUCAAAAAGGGCAAUAGCAGGAGCAAGUCCAGAUCAAAAUACCAAAAUGUUGAGUGUCAUUAUUGUCAUAAAAAGGGGCAUUUGAUGAAAAAUUGCUUCAAGCUGAAGAACAAAGACAAGAACAAGCUAGAAGGGAAAGAUGGUGAAAAUGAUCGUCAUGUUGCAGCCACGACUUUAGGUGAUCUGAUAGUUGUUUCUGAUAACGACUUGAUUAAUGUUGCCUCUGAUGAAUCAAGUUGGGUUAUCGAUAGUGGUGUCGCUUUCCAUGUGACGUCAAGGAAAGAUUUCUUCACAUCUUAUACUCCAGGUGAUUAUGGUGUAUUGAAGAUGGGUAAUGAUGGUCGUUCACAGGUUAUUGGCAUUGGAGUUGUGGUCUUGGAAACCAAAACUGGGAUGAAGUUAGUGUUGAAGAAUGUCAGACAUGCACCAGAUAUUCGCUUGAAUCUGAUAUCUACUAGUGUCUUGGAUGAUGAAGGCUAUGUGAGUACCUUUGGUGAUGGGCAAUGCAAACUCACUAAGGGUUCUCUUAUUGUGGCUCGUGGGAAGAAGUGUUCAGGUUUAUACUGGACCAAUGCUUCAGUCUCUAUUGAUUCUGUCAAUGCAGUCGAGAGUGAUAGCUGUUCAGAAUUAUGGCAUAGAAGACUCAGUCACAUCAGCGAGAAGGGUCUUGAUUGUUUAGCCAAGAAGAAUGUUCUGUCAGGAGUGAAGGAUGCAAAUUUAAAAAGACUUUAUGAUCCUGUUGAGAAGAAGCUUGUCAGAAGCCGUGAUGUUAUCUUUAUGGGGGAUCAAAAUAUUGAAGAUAUUCAGAAGAUGGAGAAGUCAGAGUCUCAAAAUUAUGAUGAUCUUGUUGAUUUGAAUCCAACUCCCGUGGCUCAGACGCCUAAUGCUACCAAUGGAGAUCAGAAUGAUGAUAACAAUCAUGUCCCACAUGAUUUUACCGAUGGUAAUAGUGAAGAAGAAUCAAAUGAGGUACAUAAUCAACCUCAUGUUGAUAACGAUUCACCUACAGUUGCUCUUAGGAGGUCUACAAGGGAAAGAAUUCCCUCUACUCGUUAUUCUACUAAUGAGUAUGUGCUCCUUACUGACGGGGGAGAACCUGAGUGCUAUGAAGAGGCUAUGGAGAACGAGGAUAAGGANCCCCCCAAGGCUAACUAAGUGAGUUCAAUUAUGACUUUGAACUUGCAAAAAGUGUCCAAAUUAUUGACUUCAAACAUGCGCCGAACAAAAACAUUGUUCAUGA